UGACAACCAAACAUACAUCUACGCAAAUUGAAACGUAUUUUGCUAGUGUGAAACUGGCUUCAUGUUCGGGUUUCUUCGGAAUUUCGAGGAGCUGGUUUGGGGAGCUGUCUUCACACAAAUCACCACCUAACCUUAAACUAACUGUCACACAAGAAUGGCCAGUUUUCUCAAAAGUAUCAACAUUUUCCACAAUAUUCAGCGUUUCUAUACCAGAACGCGGCGCUACAAUUGGGCCGAAGAAGGGGUUCAGUACCCAGGCUUUAAAUACUACCCCAGGUACCCCGACUUUAAGGACCCCUCGUACGAGCCAUCGAAAGUGUUCCGGGUCCAGCGCAUCAAAGCGCUCAAAGGUGUGCCCCACUACGAGAAAAAAAUCCUGGCCGAGUUUCACUUAACGGGGAAACAGAGCGACGUUGUCAUUGUUAAAAAUAUCCCCGAAAACAACCAGAGACUAUGGAAGGUUAAGCACUUGGUGCAGAUUAAACCAGUCACGUUCCCGGACGGCUUCCCCUCCAGCCCUAAGGGGGCUGUCCUGAAAGAAAACGGCGAAUUGCGAGUCAUGAAGACCUUGGAGCCGUCAGAAGAGCGCUUACAACUGGCGGAGAAUUUCAAGACAAAGGCUGAGCGCAUGGAUGGGGACACCCUCCGUAGAGACUCCCGGAGGAAAUGGUUAGAUGCCUGGGACACGACUUUGUAAAUCCUACCAUUUAUUAUUAAUAGCUAAGUCAUACAACUUUAACUUGAGUUAAAAACAAAUAUUUGAAACUUA